AUGAGGGGGAUUCGUGAUGGCCGUGGGACGCGAGGUACAGAUCCUCCACCGCCUGAUCCGGUUACUGCAGUUCUGAAUGCUCUGCAGGUGGAGACGGCUGCUAAUAGAACAAUGACAGAGAACCUGAUGAAGAAUAAUCAGGACAUGCUGCAUGCCUUCAUGACUGAGAUGAGGGCUGAGAGAAGGGAGAGUGGAGCUAGUCAUCACACUGGUGAGGCUAGUCAACCUACUAUUUUUGUUGAGCCAUCUAUUAUUGUUGAACAGUAUGACGAGGGUGUUAUUGAGGAGAGGAGACUUAUUUCUUUUCGUAAACACAAGCCUCCUACUUUUCUGGGGUCUAAAGACCCAAAGGUGGUCACUACUUGGUUGCAGGGUAUGGAUAAAAUUUUCCAAGUUAUGAGAUGUCGUGACCCUCAGAAGUUUCGGUACUCUGUUUAUAUGCUGGAGGGAGAUGCCCAUGAGUGGUGGUGCGACGUUUCUAGGCCUUUUGUGAUACAGGGGCAAGAACUUACUUGGAACCUAUUUGAGAAUUUGUUUCACGAGCAAUACUUUCCUAGGGAUGCUAGGGAAGCCAAGCAGGGUGAAUUUGAUUGUCUGGUCCAAGGCUCUUUAUCUAUUGAUGAAUAUGCUGCAAAGUUUAAUGAACUAGUCAAGUUUGCUAAUUAUGGUGGGACUCUGCCUACCUCGGAAUUCUUAUCUGCUAAGUUUCAGAGGGGACUUAAUGAGAAGAUUGCAAAGCGUAUGUCUAAUACAGCUGUGAGGAAUUUUGCUGAUCUGAUUACCCAGUGUAAACGGGUAGAGACUGUUUAUAGUAGAUAUCUGAAAUCUUCUACUUUUGGUGAUGCUGAGGUCAAGAGGACCAACGGUACUGAUGUUAAAUUGAAAAAUAAUAAGGAUAAAGGUUUAUGGGUGAAGCAAUCUGGUGAUGAGUUCAAGAGAAAUGGUAAUAGUGACAGAAAUGAAUUCACAUUCCCUAAAUGUGACACUUGUGGGAAACACCAUGGAGGUACUUGUUGGUUUACUACAAAGACGUGUUUCAAAUGUGACAAAUUAGGCCACUUUGCUAAUGUUUGUCCAACCAGGAUAGAUCAGGUUGCAAGUGUAGUACAAGAAAUUGAUGGGACUCAAGCAGGAGGUCAGACUGAUAUCUUAGAGCCAUUUACUGGGGAGGAAAACCUAAGGAUAGCUAAAG